UUUUAUUUUUAAGAAAAUGUUUGAUUUUCUUAGACCAAUUCAAGACCCUACUCUAAGAAUAAUGAUACCUGAAGAAAUUUUGGACAGGCAUCAGCAUCACAGUCACCAUGGAUCGGCCAGCAACAGUCGAAAUGGAAAUAGCGGACAAUGUAGUUCUUGCUUCGAUGAGUCAGAAGAAGAUGAUUAUGGUGAUAAUGUUGGAGGAGGGGGGAUGGCUCUCACACCUCCUCAAAUUAGGCGCAAAUUUAAGGCAUAUACCGUAAUGCAACGAUCGGGCUUUCAACAUACUGAGUAUAAAUAUGUACAAAUUCUUACUCAUCUAUGCAAGGCAGAAAUAUUUAUUUCCGCUAUUUAUGGUAUUCAUGGCUUAUAUUGUCCUGGAUUUGAACAAGAAAGUGCUUAUCAGGGGACUUGUCAUAUAAAUGUUCUCUCUUCCCUAGUUGGGUUAUUUACGGGGGGAAUGGGACUUGGAGCUGUUCACAGGACGAUGUUGGUUUGUUGGCUAAUUAUGUGCAUUAUUUCUUCAGUGGCUAAUCUUCUAUCUGUAAUAACAACAGACCACCUAAGCAAGUUAAAAUCUCGUACGGGCCUAGCAAAUGGCCUUUCUGGAUUGAUGCUUUUAGGCAAUGUUCUAGUUGGUGUUUGUUUUAUUCUUACAUCAGUAAUUAUUUGUCAUUAUUGGGCAUCAAAUUCAACAAGAUACCAGCCAGUAGGGAGAGUUGCGAAGAGAACGCUUCCACGCACUCAUCAGGGUAAACGUCGCUCUACUAAAGCUACAAACUCAUUAUCUACAAUUGGAGGAAAUAAAAAUUAUCCGUAUACGCAAAAUGACGGAUUCUAUCAAAACAAUUCAGAAUUUGAAAAUAAAAAUGAUACAAAUGGACAAUCAUGUAGUUCUAUUAGGGAAGAAAGAAUAAAAAAUAAUAGUGAAUUGAAUGAUAAUAUAAAUAUUGUUUAA